AUGAAGGCCGUGUUUGCGGGCAAAGCUCAACCAGGCGCGGUUGGAGCGGCGCGGCGCCUGCUGGCGAGCGGGCUCGCGAUCGUGACGGUCAACUCACCAGGGACUCACCACGCCCUGAAGGAAGCCGGCAUUGCUCACCAAGAUAAGGGGCUGCUUGCCGCCGGAGCCGACAGCACUGCCGGCGUGGCCGUAGUGGUGGGAGGGCUGGAAAGCGCAGCGGAUGUCGCCGGGGGCGACCCGAGCACUCAUGCGUUCAUAAGGUCGCAGGCCCUGCGGGCCACGUCCGCGGCGGACAGCCGCAUCGCCGAGUCGCUCCUGGCGGACGACACCGAAGCGAUUCCGGGGAGCGGCGGCGGAAGCGGCGGCGCCGUCGUCCUCGUCAUCGGCUCCGGCGGCCGCGAGCACGCCAUCGCGCUCAAACUGGCCGACUCCCCGCGGGUGUCGCACGUCUACGUGUCCCCCGGCAACGGGGGCACGGGAAGCGGCCGCCAUGCGGGCGUUUCCAACGCCGACAUCCCCUCCUCGGCAAAGAGCGGCGACGGGCCCCACGCCGCUGUCGUGGAGUUCGCAAAGUCCAAGGGCGUGUCUCUGGUCGCCGUGGGGCCGGAGGUGCCCCUGGUGGACGGCGUCGCGGACGCGCUGGAGGCGGCCGGGGUGCCGUGCUUCGGCCCCAGCGCGGCGGCGGCCAGGCUGGAGGCCUCCAAGGCCUACUCGAAGGACUUCAUGGCGCGCAACGACCUGCGGACGGCGCGGUACGCGUGCUUCACCGACUUCGAGGCGGCCCGCAGCUACGUGAUGGAGGCCGGGCACAGGGUGGUGGUGAAGGCGUCGGGACUGGCGGCCGGGAAGGGGGUGCUGAUGCCGGAGACGAAGGAGGAGGCCGUCGCGGCGCUGGAGGUGGUGAUGGUGAAGAAGGAGUUCGGGGAGUCCGGCGCGGAGGUCGUGGUGGAGGAGUUCCUGGAAGGGGAGGAGGUGUCCAUCCUGGCCAUCUGCGACGGGAAGACGGCGGUGUGCAUGCCGGGGGCGCAGGACCACAAGCGGGCCCUCGACGGCGACGGCGGCCUGAACACCGGGGGGAUGGGCGCCUACGCGCCCGCGCCCUGCCUCACCCCGCGCCUGGCGCGAGAGUGCGCGGACAUCUGCCAGUCGACGGUCACGGCCAUGGCGGCGGAAGGAAGCCCCUUCGUCGGGGUCCUCUUCGCCGGCUUCAUGCUCACCAAGCAGGGGCCGGUGGUGCUGGAGUUCAACGUCCGGAUGGGCGACCCUGAGACGCAGGCGCUGCUCCCCCUGAUGGAGAGCGAUCUGUACGAGGUGAUGCUGGCGUGCACUGAGGGCCGCCUGGCCGAGACGCCCGUCGCCUUCACGCCGGGGGCGGCGGCGGCCACCGUCGUCCUCGCGGCCGACGGCUACCCGGGCAAGUACCCCAAGGGCAUGCCCAUCUCGGGCCUCGAGGACGCCGCCGAGAUCCCGGGGGUCACCGUCUACCACGCCGGCACCAAGGCGGCGGCACCGGCGGCGGCAACGGCGGCGGAGACGCAGCUGUCCGUGAGCGGCGGCGGCGGCGGCGGCGGCGGUGUCGUGUCUUCCGGCGGCCGGGUGCUUGCAGUUACCGGGACCGGCGCGAGUUUCGCGGAGGCGCUGGACGCGGCGUACCGCGGGGUCGGGUUGGUGAAAUUCUCGCCCUGCCACUACCGGAAGGACAUUGGGCACCGCGCGAAGACGGCGCCGCUGAGGGUCGGGGUGCUGGCCUCGGGCAGGGGCACGGCGCUGCAGGCGGUGAUCGACUCGUGCGCCACGGCGGCGGAGGACGGCGGCGUGAACGCCGAGGUAGUGAUCGUGGUGACCAACAAGAAGGAGGCCCCCGUGAGGGACCGGGCGAAGAAGCACAGCAUCCCCGAGAUCUUCGUCGCCUCCAAGGGCCGAGAGCGCGCAGCGUUCGACAAGGAGGUGACCAAGGCCCUCGAGGACGCAGGCGUGCAGCUGGUGCUCUGCGUCGGGUACAUGCGGAUCCUGUCGCCGGAGUUCUGCCGCCAGUGGGCCGGGCGGUGCCUGAACGUUCACCCUUCCCUCCUCCCGGACUUCGCCGGGGGCAUGGACUUGCAGGUCCACGAAGCGGUCAUCGCCGCGGGCAAGACUCGCUCCGGCUGCACGGUGCACCAGGUGACGGAGGAGGUAGAUUCGGGGCCGAUCGUGGUGCAGGAGGAGGUGGAGGUGGUCGAGGGGGAAACGCCCGAAUCCCUCAAGGCUAAGGUGCAAGCCAAGGAGGGUCCGGCCUUCCUCAAGGCCAUGGGCUUGUUUAUGAAGGGGGGCGGCCGCGGAGGUACCCUUCCCCCUCCCCCCGGCGCCGCCGCCGCCGCCGCCGCCCCGUCGAGCGGCAUGAGCUACAAGGACGCCGGGGUCGACAUCGAUGCCGGCAACAGCCUGGUGGAGCGCAUCAAGCCGGCGUGCAAGUCCACGAGGCGACCGGGUUGCGACAGCGACCUCGGGGGUUUCGGCGGUCUGUUCGACCUCGCCGCCGCGGGGUACGAGGGGAAGGACACUAUCCUCGUCGGGGCGACCGAUGGGGUCGGCACCAAGCUCAAGGUCGCGCAGAUAGCGGGAGACCACAGCGGGGUGGGCAUCGACCUUGUGGCGAUGUGCGUGAACGACCUGAUCGUGGCGGGCGCGGAGCCGAUGUUCUUCUUGGACUACUACGCCACCGGCAAGCUUUCGGUCUCCGAGGCGGCCACGGUGAUCGAGGGCAUCGCCGAGGGCUGCCGCCAGGCCAACUGCGGCCUCAUCGGCGGCGAGACGGCCGAGAUGCCCUCCAUGUACCCCGCCGGAGAGUACGACCUCGCCGGCUUCAGCGUCGGCGCCGUCUCCCGCGGCAAGGUCCUCCCCCUCCAGGUCUCCCCCGGAGACGUGGUACUCGGCCUCCCGUCCUCGGGCGUCCACAGCAACGGCUUCAGCCUGGUGCGCCGGAUCGUAGAGGUGAAGGGGCUGUCCUACGGGGACCCGGCCCCGUUCAACGCCGCCGGGGGGGGGGCGGGGGCGGGGGGCAAGAGGAGGACGCUGGCGGAGGAGCUGCUGGUGCCCACGCGCAUCUACGUAAGGGCGCUGCUGCCGCUCCUGCGCGCGGGGCUCGCCAAGGCGCUCGCGCACAUCACCGGGGGAGGCUUGUCGGAGAAUAUCCCGAGGGUGCUGGGGGCCGACGUGGCCGUGAGGCUGCGGAUGGGAUCCGCCGCCGCCGCCGCCGCCGCCGCCGGUUCCUCCUCAGCGUGGGACCUGCCGGAGAUUUUCCAGUGGCUGAGCGCCGCGGGCGGGCUGACGCAAGAGGAGCUGCUCCGCACGCUGAACUGCGGGGUGGGCAUGGUGGUGGUGGUGGCGCCGGAGGCGGCAGAGGAGGCGCGACGCCUGCUGAGGGAGGCCGGCGAGGAGGUGGUGCUGGAAAUGGGCGUCGUGGAGGAGAGGGCCGGGCCCGACGCCCCCCAGCAACCCUUGACGCUGGUGCGCGAUGCUCAGCGAGUCUCCCAGCCCCCCCUGCUCGCUGGUGUGAGCCAUGCACAACCGGUGGUGAUCGGCACACCGGAUCGACGUAGGGGCUAUGUUUGGGAUGACCAACCUCAAGUGCAGCAUGUCUUGCGCGCGACCACUGGCAACACCUGCCUUUUGUAG